ACCGAUGUCAGUUAUUAUUCACAAUUCUUCUCUUUUUCAUCGAGACACCAUACUAAUGUCAGCUCGAGAGAGCCAGCGAUGGUUUCCAAACUUUCGAAACUCCUGUCGGCGUAAAGGAGUGUUUAGAACCUACGCUUCCCUGUUGGUAUUAAACGUUCUUAGAUGAGGAACAGACCUUUGUCAGUGCAUGAGUUUCUGUGAUCGGAUCUGACGCAUGCAACCAUCUGUUUCUACGAGGAGUGAGGAGUGAAAUGAGAUGAUUAUCUUUAACUCGUCGCUUCUCAGCAACUCCCAGACGAUAUCAAAUGUAGAGGCUGAUGAUAGAACAUAAGAUGGUGUGAAUUCUGAACCCAGCCCCUUGCCUCUUCUCGUCGUAUUUUUCUCGUAUAAUUCACAUUACCAGAUCAUUCGAUGUAUAGUAUACUUUUUUGUAAAGAGAUAAUGAAUUAAAGUAAAACUUCUGUAUUAAUGUUUUGUGAACUUCUUUAUUUACAUGUACUAUGAAUAAUGCACUUUUGUUUGGGAGAUUUGUUUUUGUCACUUGUUUUGAAAUUGUUCAGUAAUGGCGUCACUUAAUCAGACCAUUGCACGCACUUUGGAGUGUUCUAUUUGUUUAGAAUUACUCAGUGAUCCAAAACAGUUGUCAUGUUCGCAUACAUUUUGUAAAAGAUGUCUAGACAAUAUGCUAGCAUGCUCUAGUCAAACUGAAACAGUCAAUUCUUUGACGUGUCCGAUAUGUCGAAGCGUAACAGAUGUCAAGCAUGGCGAUGUGAUGAAUCUAAAUGCAAAUGUUCCUCUGAAGGCUCUGGUUGAGGAUCUCAGAAACAGCCAACAGCUAUGUGACUGUGAAGUGUGCCAAACGGGUUCGAAGGCAGUGCAUUUCUGCCAGGAAUGCGGGAAGAACGUGUGUAACGAGUGUCUGGAGAAUCACAACAAAUGGCCACCAAACCUCAAGCAUACAGUCGUGUUUGUGAAAGAUAUUCAAGAGCGCAGGUUUGUCUUCGAGAGGAAGGUCAGCAAGGAGCUUUACUGCCAGGAGCACGACACAUCGGAUGGACAACCUAAUAUCUGCUCUGGCGUCUGCCUUACUUGCAAAAAGCUCAUCUGUAUGAGAUCCAGCAAGCUUUUGCACGAGAAUGAAGGUCACACUGUUGUAGGUGCCAGAGAAUACAAAGCUUCUUUCCAGAGUAAAAUCCAAAUACUGCAAGCAGAAGGCAAAGCAAAAGCCAAAACCAUCGAGACCCAUCUGGCUGUUAUUAAGAGUCAGAUGAAGCGCGUUACUGAUCACAUUGACAGAAAAUAUGUUGAGAUCACCAACGUGUAUCUAGUAUCAGUCAAGCUGUUGAAUGAUAGUAAAUCAGCAUUAGUCGAGCAGGUUGAUGCCCAUGAUGGGCCGCUGAACCUACGUUUACAGAAAAUGAAGGGUGAUCACGAAAGGUUGGUAGCUAGUCUGAAAAAGACGAGUGAGUUGUUGGAUAGCAGCUUGAAUGCUCCUCUGAGUGGAGAUGUCAUUGCUAUUCGUGAUUCACUGUCUGAUAAGCUUCAAAGUCUGGUAGAUCGGGAGGAUCCUGACAACCAGCUUGUUACUGAUGUGGGUGAUCGGGCAGAGGAGUUGUUCUUUACACCCCGUUUUACACCAGACCAACAAGACCCCUUGAGCAUCGGAAAUUUCCGUGUAGAGUAUAAAACGGUUCGUAGUGUGAAACUCUCAUGUCGAAUGAGCUUCUUGGCUUCUUCGGUUGAUGGUCGAAUGGCAGUAGGGUAUUGUGGAGGAGGGAUCGAGUUCGUAUCUGAGAAUGGGCAAUUCGAGCAAACAGUUCUCAGCGAUGUCAAGGUUCGUGGAGCAAGAUUCCUCUCUGAUGGCGGAUAUGUUGUCCUUGAUGUGAGCAACACCAUCACCACGUACUCACCCGAGUGUGUGAAGUCAGAUGCAAGGUUUGCGACACUGUGUCCCAAUGAAGGCGGGGUCGGGAGCCUAGCUGUAAGCAGUAUCAAUCAGAUUUAUGUCGGCUACUGCAAAGCAAUGAAGAUCCAAGCGUUCAACCUAGGAGGUGGAACUGCUAUCAGGGAGAUACAGUGCAAUGGUUUCGAACCUAAGCAGAUCACUUGUCUCGAUGACUCCAUGAUCAUCAGCAAUAUCACUUCAACGCGAAUAAUUGCUUUUGACGGUGUUGCGAAACAAAAAGUCCUGCACAAAGUAAAGAAACCGAACGCUUAUCCAUACGGUGCCGUAACUCAAGACAACUCCAUUCUUAUCGCAUGGGUCAAUCAUGAUCAAGGGUUGGUCACUAUCGAAAAGUUCACCAAAAGAUUAAAGCUGGUAAAGACACUCUUGUCGGACUACAAGAUUGAGAAGUCUGAGUUGAAUUGGUAUUUCCUCCAGGUUUUCACAUCUGGAGGAGUUGCUUUCUGUACUUCAAACAGACUCUACAUAUGGGCAUGUCCACCAUAAUGGGAAACUACUUGGAAUUGUCGAGUCGAUUGUAAUGGUGUGAGCUACUUCCGGAUAUUCCGAUGUAGAGGAAUUGUUUAGUUGAUUAUAGUCUAAUGAUAAUGUAAUAGUAAUGAGUUUGUUUCAUCAGAGAGGCCUCUUCAGCAUCUAUGCUGUUCUUCCUAACGGCCCUGCAAUCAUUUGUACCCCAACAAUUGGCAGGUACCUAUUUACACAUGGGUCGUGAAUGGCAAAUGCGGAUAAACAUCUUGAUCCAAGAAUGUUAGCACCCAUCGAGGAUCUAACCUAGGAUUUCUCCUAAAUAUUAUGAAAAACUAUAUUGUUUCAACGCAUAGUCCAAAAGACCCCUACAUAUUAAGUAUCAACUGUUUACACAGAAGAGCAGCAUACAUUGUAUUUAGAAAGUCAUGGAAAACCCCUUCUCAAUAAGAGCUUUAUAAGUUACACUGGCUUGGAUUGUUUUUAAAUGCGUCAAUUCCAUUGCUCCUUUUGUAUUGCCCUCUAAGUUUAUUCCAGUUGAUGACGUUGCAGUAAGGUUAACCAGUUAACCAGUUAAUCUGGCCGAGUUGUAAAAAUCGUGAGCUUCAAUCCUGAAUUUGCUUAGCUCCAGCCCGUUGGUUGAAUGAUAUCGCGAUGAACCUCAUGCGCAGGCCCUGUUGUUUGAAACCAGUAACUUAGAUGACGAGCGAAUAUGAUGUCACGCGCUAUUGCCCUUCCUUCUUGUUUUAUAUUAUAAUGCUAAUUGAAGUAAUACCCCAGUCACAACGUCUCACCGACUCAAUGAGGACUCCAGACCGACAGGUUCGUGGUCAUUGGGGUUAAUUAAUCACAUUUCUUGUUCGAUCUAGCGUCGGUUUAAUGUCGGUCUCAUUGGUGAGACAGGGGGCCACAACGUCACAUCGACUCAAUACCGACUCCAGACCGACAGGUUCGUGGUCAUUGGGGUUAAUUAAUCACAUUUCUUGUUCGAUCUAUCGUCGGUCUAAUGUCGGUCUCAUUGGUGAGACAGUGGUCAAAGUCACACCGACUCAAUACCGACUCCAGACCAACCGGUUCGUGGUCAUUGGGGUUAAUUAAUCACAUUUCUUGUUCGGUCUAUUGUCGGUCUGGUGUCGGUCUCAUUGGUGAGACAGGGGUCAAAGUCACACCGACUCAAUACGGACACCAGACAGACAUGUUCGUGGUCAUUCAAGGUUUAUUAAAGACAUGAAUGGCAGUCAUAGAACUGUACAUGCUUUCGCAGUGCUGGUAAAAUACAGAGCAAGUAUAAACUAACAACAUGAGAUCAGGAAAAAUGGAAUUGAAUAUAAUGUGUACAAGCAUAAUUUAAAAUUUUAUUGGUAAAAUUAUAGUACAAUAUAUACGGAAUUUAAAAUGACUGAUUGAUAUUACCUCAUUGUUAAAAAAUAACAUAAUAUUGCACAGUUGUUAAGGCAAUUAUAAGCUUGGAUCUGCAUAGUUAAAGUUUAACAUACUCACGAUGGUGAGAUUAGGAAGAGCACUGUUCUGGAAUCUCUUACAAGAAAAUCCUUGAUACUUAUUGGCGCUUCGUAAAUUGUAUUUGUUGGCUUUCUGGAAGUAACCUCAUUUCUCGUUCGCUCUAUUGACGGUCUGGUGUCGGCCCAUUGGUGUGACGGAGGUCUAACUCGCUACGGACUCCAGACCAACCGGUUCGGGGUCAUUACGAUUAAUUAAUCUCUUCUCUUCUCCGGUCUAUUUUCUGUCUGGUGUCAGUACAAUCGGUGUGGCUGAUGUAUAAAUUCUGAACUCGUGAUAUUGUGAAUAUAUUAUUCUAGUACUUUGUAAAAUGUGCAGAGGAAUACCAAAAUGACAGUUUGAGAACACUUAUUUUGAACUAAACUAAAUAGUAUUAAGCAGUGGCGUAUCUAGAACAGAGAAAAAAAGGAAUAGGACGUGUUGUAUGGUACCGAAGACAGUGCACCUCUGGGUGCGGUCUCUGAAUAUUUCCAAAUUGACUUACAAUAUUCUGGUUUAUGGAAAUGACGUUUAGUUUUGGUAAUCAUGUAUAUUAUGCUUUGAAUAAUUAAAAAUGAUUUAAAAUCUUUAUUCACUUAAUUUUGUACAUAAACUAAAUGUUUUGGUUUCAGGACCUGAUAAUAAAUUUUGAUAUACACUGUUGGUCAUAAUGGUGGA